GGGCUCGGUGUGGUCCUUCCUUUCCCUCGGAGUUGCCCGAGUUGACAGAGAAACAACGACAAGGGCAAUUAACAUUCUGUCCUGAUUCCACACGGUAGACAUGGCUCCCGUGACACAGUUAAAAGAGGCGGUGGCUGACAUGCAGGAGGGUAUCCGGGCCAUCCUGCUCGGCCCUCCCGGGGCUGGGAAAGGCACUCAGGCCCCUCGUCUGGCGGAGCAGUACUGCGUGUGUCACCUGGCCACUGGGGACAUGCUGAGAGCCAUGGUUGCAUCAGGUACCGAACUAGGCAAAAAGCUCAAGCAAACCAUGGAUUCUGGCAAACUGGUGAGUGACGAGAUGGUGGUGGAACUCAUUGAAAAGAACCUGGACACGCCCCCCUGUAAGAAGGGCUUCCUAUUGGAUGGUUUCCCCCGCACUGUCAAACAAGCAGAGAUGCUGGAUGACCUGUUGGACCAGAGACACGAACAGCUGGACUCUGUUAUUGAGUUUGCUGUGGACGACUCCCUGCUGGUUCGCCGGAUCUGUGGGAGACUGAUUCAUCAACCAAGUGGCCGCUCCUACCACGAGGAGUUCAACCCCCCUAAAGAGACCAUGAAGGAUGAUGUCACCGGCGAGCCCCUAUGAAGCGACAGGCGGGAAGAAAACGAAAGGCGCUGCACUCGCGCCUGGAGUCCCUACCACGCGCAGACGGGGCCGCUCGUCAAAUACCUAAAGCGCCGUGGCCCAUGAUCAACCGCCGUGGACGCCUCCAAGAGCCCCAGCGUGGUCUUCGCCUCCAUCCUCGCCGCCUUCUCCGCCGCCACGGAAGCCCCCGUCCGCGCCUCCGCCUCUGGGUGAAGAGUCCGCUUUUCCAUUCCAAACCUGGCAAAAGAGGUGCUACAAAAGCAUGGGUGGGUGGACACAGUACAAUGGUUGGAUGUUAUGAGGGGAGCUAGGCAGCAGAGGCCAGCAGUGUCAAUGCAACAAAGCCUUUUUACUGUCGAGUUGAUUGAUAUUCACCCAAGUGCUACUCUACCACCAUGCUAUCGUAUGGCUGUCUAUUAUUGUUGUCUGUCAACUCAGGACAAGAUACUCAAAAUCAUGUAAUCCAAUUGUUGAUUCAACCUCUGUAAUAAAUCCGUUUUUCCUCAAUUGGUUUCAAAUACUU